AUGGAUCCCAAGGGGCUCCUCUCCGUGAAUGUCCUGCUGUUUUCCUCUCUGAUUUUUGAGCUGAGCUGCAGAACAGGUGAGGGCUUGACCAGUUCCACAAAGAUGAUUCUCGGGCAGCUGGGAAGCAGCGUGCUGUUGCCCCUGGCAUCUAAGGAGAUAAGCAGGAGCAUGAAUAAGAGCAUCCACAUCCUUGUCACAAUGGCAGAAUCACCCAAAGACACUGUCAAGAAGAAAAUAGUGUCCCUAGAUCUGCGGAAAGGUGACUCUCCACGUCCUCUGGAGGAUGGCUAUGAGUUUCAUCUGGAAAACCUGAGCCUGAGGAUCCUGAAGAGCAAAAAGGAGGAUGAAGGCUGGUACUUCAUGAGCCUGGAGGAAAAUGUUUCAGUCCAGCAGUUUAGCCUGCAGCUGAAGCUCUAUGAGCAGGUCUCCAUUCCUCAAAUUAAGGUGUUGAACUCCACCCAGGAAGAUGGGAACUGCAGUCUCAAGCUGGCGUGCAUGGUGGAGAAAGGGGAUCAUGUGACUUACAACUGGAGCGAGGAAGCAGGCACCCCCCUGCUGAGUCCCGCCAACAGCUCCCACCUCCUGUAUCUCACUCUUGGCCCUCAGCAUGCCAACAACGUCUACAUCUGCACUGUGAGCAACCCUAUCAGCAACAGCUCUCAGACCUUCAUCCCUUGGUCCAGUUGCAGCUCCAGUCCCCCAGAAUCAAGACAAUGGGGACUAUAUGCCGGGCUCUUCUUAGGGGGCAUCGUUGGCAUUAUCAUGAUUCUCCAAGUGGUGAUACUACUGUUGAGAAGAAGAGGUAAAACAGACAAUUACCAGCCAACAAUGGAAGCAAAAAGCCUUACUAUCUAUGCCCAAGUCCAGAAAUCAGGUUCUGUUCAGAAGAAACCUGACCCCCUGCCAGCACAGGAUCCCUGUACCACCAUCUACGUCGCUGCCACAGAGCCUGUCCCAGAGCCCGUCCAGGAAUCAGGCUCCUUCACAGUCUAUGCCAGUGUGACGCUUCCAGAGAGCUGA